CCUUUAACCCUCUCCUGUCCUGCAUCUCCCGUUCGUUCGGGGCCCGUUGUGGAGCGGCGGGUGGGGGGUUCAGGCUCCGGAGAAGCCGCCAUGGGAGCUACGUAGCCUAAACACCCGGGCAGACGGCACCUGAGGAAGAGGAGGCCGUGAUGUAGACGACGUCCACCCUGCCAGCUGGGCACAGCCUGCAUUUUCACUGUCUUUGAGUGAGGCAUUCUCAUUUGCACUAUGGAUCGAUCCCAGAACAAGGUGUGCGGCAAAGAAAAGAGUGUGAACGUAGAAGAACUUUUUUUUGCGGCCUGUGAUUGUGAGGAGGAAAUCAACCGAGGGAAACCCAUUCGAGGAAGAACAAAAUCACGCAGUUUAUCUGCGUCUCCGGGACCGGGAAGCACCAAGGAAUUCAGGAGAACAAGAUCCAUGCAUGGACCAUGCCCAGUAACCACGUUCGGACCAAAGGCCUGUAUGCUGCAGAAUCCAAAAGGGAUCAUGCAUAUCCAGGACCCUGCAAGUCAGCUACUAACAUGGAACAAGCCGCCUAAAAGUGUGCUGGUGAUCAAGAAGGUCAGAGAUGCCAGUCUGCUGCAGCCCUUCAAGGAGCUGUGUGUGUUCCUUAUGGAGGAGAAAAAUAUGAUAGUUUAUGUGGAGAAGAAGGUCCUGGAGGACCCAGCCAUCAUGAAUGAUGACAAUUUUGGACCAGUCAAAAAGAAGUUUUGCACCUUUAGAGAAGAUUUUGAUGACAUAUCCAACCAGAUUGACUUCAUCAUUUGCCUCGGAGGAGAUGGGACCUUGCUGUACGCAUCCUCACUUUUCCAGGACAGUGUCCCUCCCGUCAUGGCUUUCCACUUGGGAUCACUGGGGUUUCUCACCCCCUUUAGCUUUGACAACUUCCAGACUCAAGUCACUCAGGUUAUAGAAGGUAAUGCGGCACUUGUCCUCCGCAGCAGGCUAAAAGUGAAGGUGCACAAGGAGCACAGAGAGAAAAAGACCAUAGUACAGAAUGGAAUGGAAGAGAACGGUCUCAUUGUCAACCAGCAAGAGAAGGAACAUGUCAAGCAAACAAAGUAUCAGGUCCUGAAUGAAGUGGUGGUAGACAGAGGACCUUCUUCUUAUCUAUCCAACCUAGACAUCUUCCUAGAUGGACAUCUCAUCACUACAGUUCAAGGAGAUGGAGUCAUUGUGUCCACCCCAACUGGCAGUACGGCCUAUGCAGCUGCAGCUGGAGCCUCCAUGAUCCAUCCAAAUGUACCAGCCAUUAUGAUCACCCCAAUCUGUCCCCAUUCUCUGUCCUUCCGACCAAUCGUAGUUCCUGCUGGGGUGGAGUUAAAGAUAAUGCUUUCUCCUGAUGCAAGAAACACAGCUUGGGUCUCGUUUGAUGGGAGGAAGAGACAGGAGAUCUGCCAUGGCGACAGUAUCAGCAUCACUACCUCUUGUUACCCAGUCCCUUCCAUCUGUUUCCGAGACCCGGUGAAUGACUGGUUUGACAGCCUGGCCGAGUGUUUACAUUGGAACGUCCGAAAGAAACAGAACCAUUUCACAGGUGACGAGGAAGAGGAGUACUAGUGAUGGCCGGAUCUCAGAGACUCAAACCCUGGGCCGCACCGCUUUCCAAUGACUCUGAUCUUUUUUUUUUUUUCUUCUAUUACCUGCCCCGGUCAUGGACUAUAAUAGACCAAACCAGACAAAAGUGCUUUUUCUUUUUUCUGCUUUUUUUUUUUUCUUUUUUUUUUUUUUAAAGCCACCAGCUACCAAGUACUGGUUAAAAUCAACAACCAGCUUCCUUUAUUUAUCUAAACUAUCAUUCUCUCUUAAGAUUUUAAGAAAGAAGUUUAUAUUUGUGUUUCUUAUUAAUGAAACUUCAAACAAUAAAUGAGAUAACCACUUGUGGCCUGCACCGUAUACACUAUGGAGGCCGGCGGUCAUGUGGUUAUGUAGAGUUGUUUACAUUUUAUAAUUAAUUGUCCCAUACCAGAAAAAAUACUAUAAAAAAUAUAUUUGUUCUUACAUCUUCGGAGCCUAUUUUGUGGAAUCUGUG